AUGGGCUUCCUUGGUGUCUACAAAGCAAUAUACGACUACGUACCCAACGGUGCUUCAGAGCUUGCGAUCAGCGAAGGGGACAUAUUGUAUGUGCUGGAGAAGAGUGGAGAGGACGACUGGUGGAAGGCAAAGAAGAAGGCAUCUGGGGAGGAUGAUGAUGAGCCUACUGGCUUAGUCCCUAGCAAUUACGUGGAAGAGGCGCAACCUACGAACCAAGCUCGCGCUCUCUACGAUUAUACCAGGCAGACGGACGAGGAGCUGUCUUUUACAGAGGAUGCGACACUUGAAGUAUUCGAUACAUCAGAUCCGGAUUGGAUAUUAGUUGGACUUGAUGGCGAGUACGGUUUUGCCCCCGCCAACUACAUAGAAAUCCAGGAGGGCAAGGCUUUAUCAAGUACUGCACAAGCACCCCCGCCGAGCCUUCCAAGAAGACCACCUGCGGCUGUUGAGGAUGACGACUCCCUUGGAUCUCCUGGGUCUCCCCAGAGUCCAGUUCAGAGUCCGGCGGCAGCUUUAGCAGGCAUCAUCAACCAGCGAAAGGCUUCCACGCCAGCAACUCGAGCUCCACCAGCCCAAUAUACCCCAGAGGCUUCUGAUGAAGACGAGGGCCCACCGCCUUCGAUGCCAGCCCGGCCAGUCUCUCAAUCAAGAGCUCCUGAGCCUGUGCAUGCACGAGAAGCCUCGCCGCCGUCUCCAGGUCCUAGAAUGUCACCACCCUACAACAGAGCCAGCUUCAACCGAAACAUUGAUGACGAGGUUGCUUCCCAUGCGCCUGGUGGAUUUCAUAUGUACAAUAUCAACGAGAUGGUAUCGAUUAUGGGCAAGCGGAAGAAAAUGCCAACCACUCUAGGUGUCAAUAUUGCCACUGGAGUUAUUCUGAUUGCCCCAGAAAAGUCUCGAGAUGGCCCAGAGCAGACUUGGACCGCUGAAAAGAUGACCCAUUACUCGAUUGAAGGAAAACAUGUUUUUCUGGAACUGGUCAGACCGAGCAAAAGUGUGGAUUUUCAUGCCGGAGCAAAAGAUACUGCUUUAGAAAUCGUCAGCGCUUUGGGAGAACUGGCUGGAGCCGUUCGAGCUGAAGGACUUCGAGAGGUAAUUUUGGCUGGAACCGGCCAAAGUCAAAAGAAGGGCCAGAUUCUAUACGACUUUAUGGCCCAAGGUGAUGAUGAAGUGACCGUUGCCGUCGGAGACGAAGUUAUUAUUGUGGACGACACGAAGAGCGAAGAGUGGUGGCAAGUUAAAAGGCUGAGAAACGGAAAGGAGGGUGUAGUACCAAGUUCCUAUGUGGAAGUAACCGGCACAGUCGCUGCACCAAGCAGUUCUGGGCUAAAUGCGGGCAAGUCAACCAUCGAUCAGAACAGACUGGAAGAAGAACGGCUAGCCAAAGAGUCGCUAAGAGCUGCGCGCAUGGAAGAAGAAUCAAAAGGGUCACAGAGAAGCAGACAUGAAACCGGACGAGAUGGGCAAUCAAGAUCUUCAAAAUCAAAACCCGAUCCUGCUAAAGUACGAACGUGGACCGACCGAUCGAAAUCAUUUAGCGUUGAAGCUCAAUUCUUAGCUUUGAAAGAUGGCAAGAUAAAUCUCCACAAGAUGAAUGGUGUCAAGAUCGCAGUACCAGUCGUCAAGAUGUCAAUUGAAGAUCUCGAAUAUGUUGAACGCAUGACGGGCGUCUCCCUUGACGAAGACAAGCCAUUAUCAGAUAUCAAGAAACAGCAAAAGGCUCGAGCUGCCAACAAUGUUAGCCCUGCCGGCGCCAGUGUUGUGCCCAAGUCUACGAAGCCGGAGUAUGAUUGGUUCCAGUUUUUCCUCUCUUGCGAUGUUGCCGUUGGGCUUUGCGAGAGGUAUGGGCAAGCUUUUAACAGAGAUUCUAUGGAUGAGAGUGUCUUGCCUGAUAUCGAUGCUACCGUUCUGCGCACUUUGGGUAUCCGUGAGGGAGAUAUCAUCAAGAUUAUGAGAUAUUUGGACAAGAAAUACAAUCGUAUUGGGGGAAAACGAAAUGUCAGCUUUGGUGGGGAGGAAGUCAUUGAUGGUGAAUCGGGAGGGCUUUUCUCCGGUCCAGGAGGGACACUCAAGAACAAUACCCGAAAGGGACGCCCAGCCCCUGCUGUGCAGACGAAUGAUGUUGUGGAUGCAGAUGCAUUCAAGCAAGGAUCUAAUGAGAAGACUGUCCGUCAGGAAGGGGUUGCAACACCCCUCGCCUCGAUGCCAACCCCCACGAAGAAGGAUGAGGUACGCUCUGGCUUCGAUGACGACGCCUGGGAUGUGAAGCCAUCGAAGCAGCAACCCCAAACAACGCAGGCUCAGGCUACUACACCUUCACCGGCGCCAGUCGCUACCCCUCCUCCAGCACAGCCCACGUUGACUGGAUCUAUGCAAGAGUUAUCUCUGCUUUCUGCACCUCUGGAACCCACGAGAGCACAACCCCCUGCUCAACCACCACAGAUAGCCCAACCUCCUCAACAGCCUCCUCAGCAACAGUCCCAACCCCAACCCCAACCCCAGGGAGCUACACCGUCAUUCUUUGCUGGAAUUGGACAACAGCAGACUGGGCUCCCACAACAGCAGACAGGCGCGCAAUUCAACCCACAAAUGAAUCAGCUGAACAUUGCUCGUCAACGGCCUGCUCCACCGCCCCAAUUCCAAAGUCAGGGAUCUCUGAUGAUACCUGCUCCUCCCAAUCGGCCUUUGUCGGCGCCACAGGCAAACCAGCAAAGUGCUUUCUCACUUCCCCCGCUACAAGCUCAAAAUACUGGAAUACAGAACUCGUCGGGAUUCCAAAACCAGAUCGCUCCUCCUGGCCAAAGUCUGAACGAUAUCAGAAUGCAGCAACAAUACACUGGAUUCAAUGGACCUCAAAAUCCCAACCCAAAUAUGGGGAUGAUGAACCAGCCUCAAAACUUUGGCCAAUUCAACAAUGGUAUGCCAAAUGGUUUCCAGUAUCCAAUGCAGACCGGGAUGCAACCAGGAAUACCUCAGCAGCAGAAUUUCAUGAACAAUGGAGGCGGACCGUUCGCUGAUCCUCGACCACAACAAUUUUCUCCGAUUCAGCAGCAACCGACAGGCUUCCAGAGCUCCUUUGGCCCUCCUCAGCAACAAUUUCCCCAACCCACUGGCAUUAACUCCUUCCUACCUCCGCCUUUACAGCCUCAAUCAACUGGCAUGCCACAGCAGCAACAGCAGAACGGUUUCAAUUCUUUCAACGCUCCUCCAAUUCCUCCAAUUCCUCAGCAAAAUACCAUCGCCCCUCUCGUGCCUCAAAAAACUGGCCCGCCCCCACCAGUCAGAUUUGGUGUCACGGGUGAUGCUAAGAAACUCAUGCCCCAAGCGACGGGGCGCAGAGCCAACUUGUCGCAGGCUACUCCGCAGAACCCAUUUGGAUUCUAA